AAGGCGUGGGAAUAAAUCCCACGAAAAAUCUCAGGGGGCGACAAGUGGAGCACAUGCGGUGUAUCAUUUGUUACCACCAUAUUUCAUGAGAGUGACCUUUGCAGGAGGGGUAUCUGGUUUUCUAGUGAUUUUCGGGUUUCUCGAUAUGAUGAUCUGGGUGGGUGUUUUUUUUUGCUUCUGUAACCUCUAUUUUGUAAGGACUAUAUUGAUUAGAGACCUUUAUAGGAAACCAUGGUAGAGUUUUGCUCAAUAGGAUUUUCAUAAAAGAUCUCAAUUAGUUUCCGAGUCUAGAUCCCCUCAACCCUACCGGGAUAUCACCUUCAUGCUAUCACUAUCCAAUCAAGUUCAAGGGGGCUCCGAUGAACCCCAAUACUACCCAAUCUGACGAUGAUGCCCGGGAGGAGGAGAACAAGCUUGCCGUAGCAGAUUCUACAAGCAAAUAGUGUCAUAAUAAAUCCGAAUCAGACGUGUUACCUAACUGGCAUUGGUUCACAUGCUGUUUCAAUGGUUAGAAAUUUCAUUCUGCUUAGUAAACCAGUUGAUUGUAGCAUGAUUUAAAUACAGUUCAGUGACCUCUGAUUUUAAUUGACCAAUUGACUGCACCCAGCACAUGAAUAAAGUUCAGUGGCCUCUGAUUUUAAUUGACCAAUUGACUGCAUCCAGCACAUGAAUAAAACUUUUCCUACUUGCAUGCAUAUAUACUUCUCUUUGCAAAAACAUUAUGAGAUUGCUUUAUUUUGUGUAAAUAAACAUUAAUUAAAAGGCGAAACAUUUGCUCCUACCAAUUCUUCUUUCCUCAAUCCUCACUUCACCUUGUUUAUUUAAUAAAUAAAUAAAAUCGUGAAUAGUAUCCUCAAAAAAUCGUGAAUAGUACUAGCACGUUGAAAAAGAAAGGAAAACAAACGAAACGCUCUACUCAAUGGCCCCAGCCAGAGGCCAAAGAAGAAGCCACCCCUAUAUAUACGGCCGAAGGCACUCUCUACUCCCCCAAGUCCCCACGCUUCUUCUAGUCCACCUAGCUACAGGCCUUCAGAUCCCUGCUGCCGAGCCAUGGAGGCAGACGCGAGCCAUGCACCCACCACCUCUUCCUCCUCCGUCUCGUCGUCGACAUUGUCCACCUCCUCCUCCUCCUCCUCCCUCGCCACCAGCGUGCUAGAGCUCCCCAAGAACCCCAAGCCCAAGCACCCGAAGAAGCGCAAGAGAGCCGCCGCCGACCAAGAACCGGACGCCGCCGCGGCCACCAAUGGCGCCCGAGGAGACGAGAGCAGCUGCUGCAGCACCGACGAAGACCACGCCGCGAGCGUCAAGGCAGCCGUGUCCAAGAGCGGCUUCAAGCACCCGUCGUACCGCGGCGUGCGGCGCCGGAGCUGGGGCAAGUGGGUGUCCGAGAUCCGCGAGCCGCGCAAGAAGUCGCGCAUCUGGCUCGGCACCUUCCCCACCGCGGAGAUGGCGGCGCGCGCCCACGACGUGGCCGCGCUCGCCAUCAAAGGCCGCUCCGCGCACCUCAACUUCCCGGAGCUCGCCCACGAGCUGCCCCGCCCGGACUCCACGUCGCCCGCGGACAUCCAGGCCGCCGCCGCGAAGGCCGCCGCCACCGCCGCCGUGCAGUGCGAGGCCGAGGCCGAGCACGAGCCCGAGACGCCGUCGUCCUCCGGCGCCGUCUCGGAGUCACCGGAGCCUGCCGCCUGCGCCGAAGCGGUGCCCGCGGACAGCGGCGAGGUCGACAAUGCGCUGUUCGACCUGCCCGACCUUCUUCUGGACCUGAGGGACGGGCUCUUCUGGUCGCCGGUCUGGCCGGCGGCGCUGGCCGCCGAGGAGUACGACGGCGGCUGCUGCGUCGGGCUCAGCGAGCCACUCUUGUGGGCCGAGUAGGAGUGUUUUUUUUACUGUACCUCAUGAAUUGCUUAGCAAGGAUAAAAAGAUUUAGUGGUAGCGGUAGCACUGCUAUUGGAAAAAAGUUAUCGUCAGCUGUUUGUGAGUCUUCUUCACUCGUCCAUGAAACAUGUGUGCUUUUUUUUUAUUGCUAUCAACAAAAGAAGCUUUGCCAGA